AAAGCCCAUGCCAAAGUAUUGCGACAAGAUGGAGUGGUCCGCAUUGACAAUGUCUUGCCCGGCUCCUUGGCAGACGAAAUGAGAGAAUUCGUCGUGGAAUUGCGACAAGACAGUCACGAACAAGUCUCCAGUGGCAAACUCAAAUCCAGAGAACGAUAUGCCGAUGUCCUGUUGAAGGAAAAUCGUUGUGAUUUGACAUUGCCCUUGACGAAUCAGCUGACGGCCGAUUGUCUUGCUGCUGUACUCCAACAAUCGCCCGUGGGAGAAACCAUUGCCAAUUUGUUGACGAAAGAUGCCGUCUUGUACGAACUCAGUUGUCUGACAUCCGACCCCGGCAGUCAUCGACAAGUCAUGCAUCCCGAUACUCCUUGUGCUGGCGAUGAUGAUGAUCCAGUCUUAUACACGUGCUUUGUGGCAUUACAAGAUAUUCAAUUGGAUAUGGGACCUACUACGUGGAUGCCAGGGACACACACAUUGGAGGCGCAUGAACAAUUCAAAGAUGAAACGGUGUCUUCGUCCGAGACAAAAAGUCCCAAAGAUACCUUGUUGGAAAAGGGACCCGUCGUCUUGGGGUUGCUACCGAAGGGAUCUUGUGGGAUCUUUGAUUCGCGGUUGCUUCAUUGUGGUGGAGCCAAUACCAGUGCCGACAAUAAAUCCAGAGCCGUCUUUUACUUUUCCUGGAAGAAUCCUUCCGUGACCAAUGCGGGCAAUCCAGGAAGUAUUCGGCCGGCAUACAUCAAUCAAUACACUCUCCAAGCAUUGGACAAGGAGUUGAAAAAGCAUGUCAAGGGCAAAUCAAAGCUGUUUGUCAACGAUAGAAACUCGUUCGAUUCUUGA